UGGUUUCAUAGCAGCAGAGAAUUUAAGAGGCUUUGCACAACUUCACAGAGCAAGUGGCAGACUCUGGAUGAUGAACCCAGGUUGCUGGGCUCCAAAAUCCUUCCACACAGCACCUCUCAGGGUUGCAGUUGUCCACGUCAGAAAUCCCUGGGCUCAAGGAGUUAGCAGAGAGCUGAAUGCAUUAUGAUUGUGCUGAUGGGAACUCUAAGGCCAAGAGCUAGUUUUUUUUUUUUUUAGAUGGAGUUUUGCUGUUUUUGCCCAGGCUAGAGUGCAGUGGUGUGAUCUCAGCUCACUGCAACCUCUGCCUCAUGGGUUCAAGUGAUUCUCCUGCCUCAGCCUCCUGAGUAGCUGGGACUAUGGGCGUGCAUCACUACACCUGGCUAAUUUUGUAUUUUUAGUAGAGAUGGGGUUUCAUCAUGUUGACCAGGCUGGUCUCGAACUCCUGACCUCAGGUGAUCUGCCCGCCUUGGCCUCCCAAAGUGCUGGGAUUACAGGCGUGAGCCACUGCGCCUGGCCAGCUAGCAUUAACAUAGUACCAAAGACACAGAUUACAUCAGUGUCAUUUAAUCCCCUCAGCAACUCUGUGAGGUGGGUGCUGUAUUGUUCUGCUAACUAUUACAGAAGAGAAAACUGUGACUCAAGGAGAUGGAGCCACUGGCCCUGUAAUCCCAGAGCUGGGAUGGAGCGGGGAUCCCAAGCCAGGUCUUUCUGACUCUCUGCCCAGGCUUGCUGUACUACAUUCUGUUCCUUGGGGGCAUGGCAGAAAUCGUCACAGUGGUGCAGUGUGGUGGCAAGGAGGAAGGACAGGCCUCCUCUAUCUGCUUAAAAGAUGCUUCUGUGGCCUUUCCGCGCUAUCUGCAGAGGGAUCCAUACGGCGUUGUUCUGGAUUCCCGUCGUAACUUAAAGGGAAACUUUCACAAUGUCCGGAGCCCUUGAUGUCCUGCAAAUGAAAGAGGAGGAUGUCCUUAAGUUCCUUGCAGCAGGAACCCACUUAGGUGGCACCAAUCUUGACUUCCAGAUGGAACAGUACAUCUAUAAAAGGAAAAGUGAUGGCAUCUAUAUCAUAAAUCUGAAGAGGACGUGGGAGAAGCUUCUGCUGGCAGCUCGUGCUAUUGUUGCCAUUGAAAACCCUGCUGAUGUCAGUGUUAUAUCCUCCAGGAAUACUGGCCAGAGGGCUGUGCUGAAGUUUGCUGCUGCCACUGGAGCCACUCCAAUUGCUGGCCGCUUCACUCCUGGAACCUUCACUAACCAGAUCCAGGCAGCCUUCCGGGAGCCACGGCUUCUUGUGGUUACUGACCCCAGGGCUGACCACCAGCCUCUCACGGAGGCAUCUUGUGUUAACCUGCCUACCAUUGCGCUGUGUAACGCAGAUUCUCCUCUGCGCUAUGUGGACAUUGUCAUCCCACGCAGCAACAAGGGAGCUCACUCAGUGGGUUUGAUGUGGUGGAUGCUGGCUCGGGAAGUUCUUCGCAUGCGUGGCACCAUUUCCCGUGAACACCCAUGGGAGGUCAUGCCUGAUCUGUACUUCUACAGAGAUCCUGAAGAGAUUGAAAAAGAAGAGCAGGCUGCUGCUGAAAAGGCAGUGACCAAGGAGGAAUUUCAGGGUGAAUGGACUGCUCCAGCUCCUGAGUUCACUGCUACUCAGCCUGAGGUUGCAGACUGGUCUGAAGGUGUACAGGUGCCCUCUGUGCCUAUUCAGCAGUUCCCUACUGAAGACUGGAGCGCUCAGCCUGCCACGGAAGACUGGUCUGCAGCUCCCACUGCUCAGGCUGCUGAAUGGGUAGGAGCAACCACUGACUGGUCUUAAGCUGUUCUUGCAUAGGCUCUUAAGCAACAUGGAAAAAUGGUUGAUGGAAAAUAAACAUCAGUUUCUAAAAAAAAAAAAAAAAAAAA